GCUCGGUUGUGUGAACGGAAACUGGCAGUGGAGCAGUGAGCGCGUUUUGUGGAGCUCUGGUCCGGAGAGGAAAAACGGGCCAAAGCCGAAGAGCGAGAAACCUGAGCAGCACCGAGAGCUUCUGCACAGCCUGACCAGAGGAGAUGCCGCACAACUUUCGGCCGGGCGACCUCGUCUUCGCCAAGAUGAAGGGGUACCCCCACUGGCCAGCCAGGAUUGAAGAUGUUGCUGAAGGGGCAGUGAAACCACCUCCUAAUAAAAUCCCCAUUUUUUUCUUUGGGACUCAUGAAACAGCAUUCCUUGCAGCAAAGGACCUCUUUGCCUAUGAGAAGUACCAGGACCGAUAUGGGAAACCCAACAAAAGGAAAGGAUUUAAUGAGGGAUUGUGGGAGAUCCAGAACAACCCCCAUGCUUCUUACAGUGCUCCUGCACCUGCAAGCUCAUCAGAGAGUGAGGAGAAUGAAGCUGCCGCAGGAAGUGACGCGCCAGAAGAGGAGGAAGCAGUGGUACCAAGGAAAGCAGAAACAGGAAGUGAAGAUUCUGAUUCCGGGAGUGAAGAUCAGGGUCGAGGAGCAGUGAAAAGGAAAGCUCCACCACCACCAAAGCGCCCCCCAGCUAAAAAAGGGCGAACGUCGUCCAGUGAUCGAGAUGAAGAGGAGAGUGGAUCUCCCUCUGAGCCAGAACCUUCACCCAGCUCUGACUCUGAAUCUGGGAAAAACAGUGAUCAGGACUUCACUCCACAGAAAGAGUCGGGUGGUCGUGGUGGCAAGAAGCCUCCAGGCCGAGGCAGGAAAAAAAAAGCAUCCUCAGACUCUGAUUCUGAGUCAGGCUCCCAGUCGGAUCACAAGCAGGAGAGGAGUGACUCCGAGGAUGUGAAACCGCGGCCGGCAGUCUCUGGUUCUGAAUCUCAAUCUGGAUCAAAGUCUGAAUCUGACUCUGAGCCUGAGCCUGCUCCCAGGAAGGGACCACAGGCACGCAAGAAAGAGAAACCUCCACCGAAGCCUCGUGCAAGGAAACCCAAACCAGCACCAGAAAAAGCUGCCUCGUCUUCUUCAGACAGUGACAGUGACAGCGAUGCGGAUCGCAUCAGCGAUUGGAAAAAACGUGACGAGCAGCGGCGGCGGGAGAUUGAGGAGCGCAGGAAGCAGGAGGAGGCGGAGGAACUUCGGCGGCUGAGGGAGAGAGAGAAAGAGGAAGAGGAAAAUAAAAAGAAGGAGAAAGAGAACAAAGGACGGCAAGGCAGCGACAGCAGCAGCAGCAGCUCUGAUGAGGGUGUGGAUGACCAUCCUCUCAAAAAGUCCAAGAAACCGCCACCACCUCCCAUUCCUGCACCUUCAGAUUCUGAUUCUCCCCCGCCUGCAGAGGUGAAAAAGCCUGCCAAACGUCAAGACAACCAGAAAGGCAGCCAAAAGAAAGAGAAGGAAGUGAAGGAGAAGAAAGAGAGGGAAAAGAAGGAGAAGAAGGUGCAGCGGUCCGAGGAGAAACACAGAGCCAGGUCUAAACCUGAGAAACCGAGACGGAGACCUGAACGUCCACCUGAGAAGAAAGUGGAAAAGAAGAUAAAAGAGCCUUCUCCAGAAGAGAAGCUACAGAAGCUCCACACAGACAUCAAAUUUGCACUGAAGGUGGACAACCCAGACAUUGAGAAAUGUUUACAGGCCUUGGAGGAGCUGGGCUCUGUUCAGGUCACCAGUCAGAUCCUACAAAAGAACACUGAUGUCAUUACCACACUCAAAAAGAUUCGCAGAUACAAGGCCAGCAAUGCAGUAAUGGAGAAGGCUACUGAGAUCUACAACAAAUUAAAACUCCAGUUUGUGGGCAAGGUGGAGACUAACAAAGCAAAACCAGAAGAGAAGGAGAAGGAUGAUAAAACAGAAAUACAGAAUACAGAUUCUACACCAGUCAACGGAGAGUCUGAAGAUGUAAAACAGGAAAAUGUUUCUGAAUCUGAAUGUAACCCAAAGUCUCCUGAGCACGAAGAGGAGCCAACUGAGCACAAAUCACCAAACAGUGACCGACCUGGACCAGACAGUCCUGCUGAGGAGCGACCACACACACCUGAAGCAACAGAUCACUCUUCAACAGCAGAGGCAGAACCAGUACAGAGCUGAAGAUCGGAACUGCUGUUUUCUGAUUUCAGCUGAUCAGAGACGUUUGUCAUCGAUACAUGUAUUCUGUGCAGACGUUAUCCCUCCUGUAGACUGUGUCCCUCUUUUACAAACAUUUACACCCUUUGACCCUCUUGUUUGUGUUGGUUUUGUCUGCCAUAUGAGCACCAUUUUUUCAUGUUGUAUAUAAAAUAAGCUGGAGCUUGUUCACCCUUUUUGAACAGGAAUUGAGAGAUGCUGUGGUCAGCAAUAGCCUUGUACAUGUGGCAGAGAUCCGGCACUAAAUGUUAUUCAGUCAGUGUGAGGGAGGGAUCAGAAUUAACAUAAACAAUUGUCUGCUAUUUAAAGGAAAUGCCAAUGCCUUUAUCUGAGUGAAAGCGGUAUGAUUGGUACUAAAUUGGCCACCUUUUCUUAGUGAUACUUCCAUCUUUUUUCAGUUUUUCUCCACUUUUUUGUAUAAAAAGAAAAAAUAGAAAAACAAAUCUGUUUUUCAUCAUUUAGAACCCUGUGUAAAUGGAGCCAUACAACAGGAGCUAACGAAAUAUUUUCAUAAAGUAGUACAUGUGGAUUUUAACCUAUGUCAAGUAUCAUUUCUGAAAAUAGUGUUCCAGUGGGCUUAUACUUUUAGACCCUGUUGUCGGGUUUUCCCAUAACUAAUUAUUUGUAGUGUCUGCUUUACAUGGACUAGGACAGAUUACAUUGUGUAAAGACAAUAUUUUGUUGGAAGCAUCUAAACAUUUGCUUGUCUUGCGUAUUAUAUACAUGUUUUAAGUGCUCUGUAAAUUGGUCAAAUCAUUUUUAAUCAUUAAUGGAAACAAAGUCAAUAAAAGUCAGCAUGGUGGCCCUAACUUUGAA